CUCUUGGGAGGUGGGCGGGGCCUCAUUCCAGCUUGGGCAGAGCCUGCUAAGGCACACGCUGCUGAGACGGGGUUUGCACCUGACUAGACACCUUCCUGCUUGCCUCCUUCAGCUCAGACCUCCUCAUCACAGGAGGCCUCUCUUUCCGAAGCAGUCAUGCCCGUGACAAAGAGUGCGCAGGGUCCCCAGGGAGCUGUUGACCUCAAACUGGACCUCAGGGGCCCUCCCGAAAAUGCCAAGAAGCUGCAGAACAAGGACUCUAGUUUCUUGAAUGGAAACCCUUCUGAGUCACCAGACUCGGAGAAGACCAAGGGCAUAACAGAGUUCCAGACCUUGGUUCACCUGCUGAAAAGCAACAUAGGCACAGGGAUCCUGGGCCUCCCCCUGGCUGUGAGGAACGCAGGCAUCCUGAUGGGCCCGCUCAGUUUGCUGGCAAUUGGCUUCAUCUCCACCCACUGUAUGUACAUCCUGGUCAGGUGUGCCCAGCGCUUCUGCCACAGGCUUAACAAGCCCUUUCUGGACUAUGGGGACACGGUGAUGUAUGGACUCAAAGCCGGCCCCAGUGCCUGGCUCCAGAACCACGCCCAUUGGGGAAGGCGUAUUGUGAGCUUUUUCCUUAUAGUCACCCAACUGGGCUUCUGCUGUGUGUACAUUGUGUUUCUGGCUGAUAAUUUAAAACAGGUCAUGGAUGCAGUUAAUAGCACAACCAACAGCUGCCAUUACAACGAGACAGUGAUUCCGACACACACCAUGGAUUCUCGACUCUACAUGCUCUCCUUCCUGCCCUUCCUGGUGCUGCUGGCCUUUGUGCGGAACCUCAGGGUCCUGACCAUCUUUUCCAUGUUGGCCAACAUCAGCAUGCUGGUCAGCUUGAUCAUCCUCACCCAGUACAUCGUCCAGGGAAUUCCAGAUCCCCGCGGUUUGCCACUGGUAGCAAGUUGGAACACCUACCCUCUCUUCUUUGGAACAGCCAUGUUUUCAUUUGAAAGCAUUGGCGUGGUUCUGCCUCUAGAAAACAAGAUGAAGGAUGCCCGCCGCUUCCCAGCCAUCCUGUACUUGGGAAUGUCCAUCGUCACUGCCAUGUACAUCGGCAUCGGGGCUCUGGGCUACCUGCGGUUUGGAAAUGACAUCAAGGCCAGCAUAACCCUUAACCUGCCCAACUGCUGGCUGUACCAGUCCGUCAAGCUCCUCUACGUCUUCGGCAUCCUGUGCAGCUACUCCUUGCAGUUCUAUGUCCCUGCAGAAAUCAUCGUCCCCUUCGCUGUCUCCCGCGUGUCCAAGCGCUGGGCGCUGCCUCUGGACUUGUCCAUCCGCCUCGCCAUGGUCUGCCUGACAUGCAUCUUGGCCAUCCUCAUCCCGCGCCUGGACCUGGUCCUCUCCCUGGUUGGCUCCAUGAGCAGCAGCGCCCUGGCCCUCAUCAUCCCUCCCCUCUUGGAGAUCACCACCUACUACUCGGAGGGCAUGAGCCCUCUCACCAUCAUCAAGGACGUCCUCAUCAGCAUCCUGGGCUUUGUGGGCCUAGUGGUGGGGACCUACCAGGCCCUGGACAAUCUGAUCCAGCCAACAGACCAUCUCACCAUUUCCAACUCCACCAUUUUCACUCAGUGAGAAUGGUGCUGCUCCUUACCUGCCAGCAUCUGACUUUUAAUGACAUGGAUCUCUUUUAUAUGCAUUAUCUUUAUUUUGCUACUUUCCCUUUUCUCUGGGCGAAGUCACGCUGAAACAAACAAGCAUUCACCAGCUACGAGGUCUAGAUGGUAAUUUUUAAGUUUUUUUGUUUGUUCUGUUUCUUUCCAUCUCUAGCUUUCCACUAUGUUGAGAGCUCUCCCAUGGAAGGCUCUUGAUUCCGUCCAACUUUUUGGCAAUUUACGCAGUGAAUUUCAUACCUUGAGUGGGGCUAUGCAAGAAGAGGCCACCAGAGGGCACCCAAGUGGCAGCAGCUGGCGGAAAGAGGAGCAGGCAGCUAAGGCUGACCCCGAUUUGGUAGAAGCAGCGUUUCCCCUUUUCCAGAUCUGUUCAAAGAGCGAAGACUAGGAGUGGGGACACAACCUAUAAUCCAGAAAAAUGUGCUCAGCUCCAGCGUCGAGUUGGAUAGGGCCAAGAGGUCCAUGUGUAAGCUGCAACUCUCAGACAGAAAGGAGCCAUCAUAUUUAAGUCAAGAGCAAUAAGCUUUCUAAACCAGUGGAUAAAGUUUUGUCCCAGUUCAAAGAUCCCGACACUGGAUUAAGCAUGUCCAUGGAAGCCUGGAAGUAGAUUUGCCAAUGGCAGAGGAGAAGGCAGUAGACAAUGACCUGAUUCGGCAUUAUUUCCCUCUUAAUUUUUGCAACAAGCUUUCUUGAUUACCAACUGUGUGCCAAGCAUAGUUCUUGUAGUAGAUUCCAAAACUGGCCAUAAAUUCCUCUUGACAGUGUGACUUUGCAGCUCCUUGCAUCAAGAGAUGAAAUCUAUAUCUCUACCCCUUGAGCCUGAUCUUGGCCUUGUGACUUCCUUUGGUCAAUGGGACAUGAGUACCUGUGAUGUAAGCAGAAGUUUGGUGAUGGCUUGUACAUCGAGACCUUCAUCUCUUGCUGUAUUAGAGAGCCAAGACCACCAGAUAAAGAAGGCUGACUAGCCCACUGGAGGAUGAGAGACCAUGUGGAGCAGAAACGAACCAUCCCAGUUGAACCCCGUCUCCCUGAUCAAUCAAACGGCCAACUUCCAGACACAGGAGUGAAGCCAUCCUAGACUAGACCCAGCUCCAGUCAAGCUGAUCCAGACCAUGAGAGUUGCCAAGAUGAUCCACAAAACUGUGAGGUUUAAUAAACGUUUGUGGUUUUAAGUCAAAA